UCGCACACAAUGCCGCUCAAAACAAAAACAGUUUUAUAUUUUACUGAACAUAUAAAAUGAUUUUAGAAUACGUGCUAAAGUACCACCUCCAAGAUUGUAUCGAUAUUCUUACGGAAGAAGAUAUAUUAGCAUUCUACAGUAUAAAAAUCGAUUUUUUAAAGCUGUUCGAGAUAUAUCCAGAUAUAGGCGAUAAAGUCCUUUGUAGUCCUGUGGACAAUCUGCCACAAUGCCACGAAGACAUAAUAAAAGCGCAACAAUAUAUACUGGAGCAAAGCGAAUACAAGUCUACCAUCGAGAAGCUACCUCACUGCUCAUUGAAGAAAAAUGUCCACGCUCGUAUCUUUGGACUUCCCGUUUGUCCUGAGCUACAUCGAACAAUAUUUCCGAAAAAUGUGGACUUAGGCUGCUUUUUGAAAGUGACUGGGACAAUUGUAAGAGUAACUCAAGCUAAAAUGUUGGAAUACCAGCGCAAGUAUGUUUGUGUAAAAUGCAAGUUUGAGAACUGUGUGCAAGCGGAGUUUGAGCACAGGUAUGUUCUGAAGGCUCCUUCAAGAUGUGGCAAUGAUGAAGCUAGGUGCAAGAGUUCAACUUUCACACAAGUGAACUUGGUCUCAAGAGAGCACUGCAAGGAUUAUCAGGAAAUUAAAAUUCAAGAGCAAGUAAAUAAACUUGGCAUAGGCACCAUACCCGGCUCCAUGUGGGUAGUGCUGGAGGAUGACCUUGUAGACUCCUGCAAACCUGGAGAUGAUGUUCAUAUCUGUGGAACAGUUCGUCGCCGCUGGCGCCCCGCCGUCCAAGCCAAGCAGUCAGAGGUAGAAUUGGUGCUGCAGGCCAACUAUCUCGAGGUGUGCAACGCUCAGAAGUCAGAGGUCCUAGCCGCCGCUCCCGAUGUUAAAGAGUGCUUUGACGAGUUCUGGGCAAAGUAUGAGGCUUGCCCUCUGAAGGGUAGGGACCAGAUCUUAAAGUCAGUUUGUCCACAGGUGUACGGCUUAUAUUCAGUAAAGCUGGCGUUGCUGCUUACUGUGCUGACGGGCGCGGGCGCGGCGGGCGCGGAAGCGGAGACGAAGAGCGGCGCGGGCGACGACAGCAUCACGCGCGUGCGCGGACAGUGCCAUCUGUUGCUAGUGGGAGACCCAGGAACGGGAAAAUCGCAGUUGCUCCGUGCGGGCGCUACACUGGCGGCGCGCGCUGUCCUGACUUCGGGCGCCGGCAGUACGCGAGCCGGGCUCACCUGUUCGGCGCUCAGGGAAGGAGGCGAGUGGCAGCUAGAAGCGGGCGCGCUAGUGCUCGCCGACGGAGGAGUGUGCUGUGUCGACGAGCUGGCCCAGCUGAGGCCGCACGACCGCGCCGCCGUGCACGAGGCCAUGGAGCAACAGACCGUCUCCGUCGCUAAGGCAGGUAUCGUAUGCAAGUUGAACACGCGUUGCGCCGUGGUGGCAGCGUGUAACCCGCGCGGCCGCUACGAGCCGACGGAGCCGCUGCAGCACAACGUUGCGCUGGGGACGCCUCUGCUCAGCAGAUUUGACUUAAUUUUCAUUCUGCUAGACACGAAGAAUAAGGCUUGGGACAAGCUCGUCUCUUCUUAUAUAUUAUUCGGCGGUGCUCAGGCCAUGGAUAGCAAAAAACAAUGGAGUAUUGAAAAACUGCAGAUGUACAUCGGGCUCGUAGGAGGCGUGCACACAGAAAUGACAGCGGCGGCCAACACGAUAUUGCGCGCCUACUACAUGUCGCAACGACGCGCCGCGACGCGCGACCCGUCGCGCACUACUGUUCGCAUGCUGGACAGCCUCGUCAGGUUAUCCCAGGCGCACUGCCGGCUGAUGCGGCGCACCCGCAUCCUGCCGGCGGACGCGGUGACGGCCGUGGCGCUCGUGGACCUCUCCAUGCAGGACUGCGCGCUGGCCGACACCACCGACGCGCUGCACGACUCCUUCCACAAGCAUCCCGACUUCCACUACCUCGCCACCGCUCGCACGCUCCUCACAAAACUCAACCUCCACGAGAUCUGGCAAAACGAACUCCUCACCUACGCCAAACUCCUCCAAGUCGAUCGACAAACUCUAGAAAGAGACAUAGAAAACAAAAGCACCAAGCUCUUCGAAAAAUUCAAUGAUGUCUCCGAUGACAACAUCCCCCUAUCAUCCACUCUAGUCACGAGCUCGUAUUUCAAAAAGAAAAACGAAGACCAAAUUGAAUUUGUAAACGAUACUGACGAUAGACCAGUAUUCGAUAGAAGGGAUAAUGUCAACGAAAAGUUUGCAGCGACUUUGAAAAAACAUGCGGCUCUUAAUAAACUUGAGAGAAAACCACCUCCAGUACAGAAAUCAAGGAAAAGGAAAAGAAAGGAAAAUGUAAAUAAUCAAAAAUUAGGUAAAAAGAAAAGCGAUAAAUCCGGAAAAAAACAAUUUUUUGACAGUAUUUCCGACAGUGACUCAGAAGAACAAAAUACGACCAUUAAUUUGAAUGGUGUACCCAGUGUCAACGAUAUUUUUAAUGAAAUUGGUAUAGAUUUUAAUUUUGAUGACAGUGGAAAAAGUAAUGCACUCAUAGAAAAUAGUGACACUGCUACAGAUGACAAGGAAGAUUCAAACAAGUCAUAUGUAUAUGACAAAGAUACUGAAGCAAUAGUGACUAAAGAAGACAAAUCAAGUAAAUCAUUAAUCGAAAAUAAAAAUCGUGAAAAGGAUCAUACGAGUACAGUAAAACCUAAUACUUCUUCUAAUACUAUAAGUAAAUUAAAACAAUUUCAGUGCGUGGAAAAACAUGAUAUUAGUAAAUACGAAGAAAAAGUAAACACAAUCACAGUACACAAAGAAAAUGAAGUAGUUGUUAAAUUGGAGAAUGCGUCAGAUUCCUUACAUAACACGAGUUACGCAAGUAAGAAAUCUGUUACUAGUUCUCAAAUGUCUAUAUUUGAAAGUUCGGAUUGUGAUAUUGAUUUAGAUAUAUAGGAAAAUAAAUGUAAAUCAUGUAUUUUUUACCUAUUACUUUUUUAUUUACUUUACCAGUGGGGUUGUGGCAUCGUGCCUAAAUGUAAUUGACGAUAACGAUUCCUCCGGUAUGAAGUAACCUAGUUAUGUGUAUGUACGGAUGUACCUACAGUUAGUUUAAAAUAUCGUUAUAGAGAUAACGGUAAAAUAGUGGAAUAUAGAAAUAGGGCAUAACGAGAUUAAUCAAGCGAAGGGGUUUUCCGGUCCCUGGUUUGUAUAC